AUGGCAGUUGCGACGGCACACGGCACACACGCAGUCGUCUGCCUCGCGGCGCACGAGCCCACCGGGCUCGUCGCGGUCGCCUUCGAGUCAGGCGCUUGCCACCUUCUCGCCACUCCGGCUGACACCGAUUACGCGGACUCGACGCCGUCCGCCCUCUCCUGCCUCAGCGUCGGGCAUCAGCGUGGCACGCGCUGCCUCGCCUUUGCCACCACGACCGCCACGGACGCCGUCGCGCUCGUGAGCGGCGGCGAUGAUGGCUGCGUGCACAUUGAGACCUGCCACGUGAAUAGUGCACGGGUCGCCGGUCGCGGCUGCCAGGACUGCCACGGCCAGGCCCAGGUGGCCACGUCAGCCCCGCGCGAUUGCGCGAUUGAGGCCGAGCGUGAGAGCGGGGCGACGACCAAGCGGCGCCGCCUCCUCAUCGACGAGGUUGUCGCGGACUCGACCCAUUGGGCGGUCCCGCUCGGCCGCUCCGUCUGCGUCGGCCUCCUCUCCUCCGGGCAGGCCGUCGCACGGCUCGGCCUCCUCGAUCACGCCGUCGACGCUCUCCAGCUGGUGGCACCCGCCGGCACCGUCGCCGCGGCUACCUUUGGCGGAGUCAGUCUGUGGGCUCGAGGCGGCGGCGGUGGCGGGGCGGGGGCAGCCAGCGGCGGCGAGGGCGAGUACGUGCCGGAGCACGCGUCAGAGUACGUGCCUCUGCCUCCGCGCGAUCUCGCUGCGGCGCGCGGCGGCGCCGCUGCCUCCCUGCAGUGCGACGGCUGGGCGCGCUCGCUGGUCGCGUCGCCAGACGGCGCGUGGCUGGCGGCGUGGGUGGUCGUGGCCGGCCUCGACGCAACGGCCUCCUCCAAGCUGUGGCUGUGGCGCUGCGCCGACGGCAGCCCCUCCCCCACCCGCCCUCGGCCGAGCGACGUCCGCCACGUGUCCGCCACGUGUCCGCCACGUGUCCGCCACGUGUCCGCCACGUGUCCGCCACGUGUCCGCCACGUGUCCGCCACGUGUCCGCCACGUGUCCGCCACGUGUCCGCCACGUGUCCGCCACGUGUCCGCCACGUGUCCGCCACGUGUCCGCCACGUGUCCGCCACGUGUCCGC